CCCCUCUUCUCGCAGUGAGAAAGAAACGGUCUGGCUGUUUGUGACGAAGCGGAAGAAGCGACAACACCGCAGGAAAAGACUAUUCGUGAUUAAAUAACAAAUCAAUUGGAGGAUAGUCUGUCUGGCUAUUUGAGUCCAUGACCAGACAGUGAGAACGGAGAGGAGGGCUUGAAGGUAGCCUUUUCGUUGGUUAAGGCUUAGAGGACUGUAGAGUUUCCAGGGGAAAAGAUGAGUGAUGGAAUGGUAUUGUGUGAGAAGAGAGCCCUGGCCUCCUCUUCCUCUCCAGUCCACAGGCUGGCUACGUCUGCAAUCCUCUUCCUCCUCCUCUCCCUGCUCCCCCACGGACACGCAUCAGGAUGCCCUCAGCCUCUGGCUGUACAGCACGGGGAGCUGGUGAACCAGACGGAGGCGAACCGAGGCUCCUUCCCCCCUGGUACCCUGCUGUCCUAUGGCUGUGAGCCGGGCUACGCCCCCGAUGGACCCACCUCCAUCACCUGUACCACCGCUGGGACAUGGACCCGCCUGCCUCUACGCUGCAUCAACACUAAUGUGUGUCAGCAUGUGCCCCCUCCCACGGAGCCAGAGAACGGAGGGUACAGGUGCCACCCGUCCCCCUGCCACCGCCUCACCCAGAAGACCGUGAUAGAGUACUUCUGUGACGAGGGCUACGCUCUGAAGGGGGACUACAAGUUCCUCACCUGUCAGAAUGGGGAGUGGGACGCACCCAUGCAGAUCACCUGCCGCCUCAGCCCAGAUAAGGAGCUGCGGUCUCCAAUGGCGAUGCCAGCGCUGUCCAUCGUAGCGUCCACAGCCUCCUCUGUGGCCCUCCUGCUGCUGCUGGUGGUGCUGUUUGUUCUGCUGCAGCCCAAACUCAAGUCCUUCCACCACAGCAGGCGUGAGCAGGGUGUAUCAGGCCAGCCAGCCUCCAUGGUGGUGGAGGGGCUCCAGGUGGCCCUCCCCUCCUAUGAGGAGGCGGUUUACGGUAGCGGAGGUGCCUCCCUCCCACCGCCUCCAGAGUCCCGGGUCCAGAUCGUCCUGUCUGAGGGGCCCCAGGGGGCCGAGGGGCCCAGCAGUAGGUCUCAGUCCCACCAUCACAGAGAUACAGAGCUGUGCCUCCCCUCCACGUCCUCCUCCUCUUCUUCAUCCUCCCGUCGCGCAGAGACAGUACUAGUCCACCAGGCCCCCUCCUCCUCCUCUUCGCCGUCGUGGGUUACGGAGCACGGAGGAGGUGCGUGUGGUGGUGUCCCGCCCCUGGUCACUCUGGCCAGACGUAGAGACUCUGAGAGCAGCGACCAGCACAGCCUGCUUUCUGUCACCUCCGUAGACGACUUCUCUGAUGAUAUCCCCCUGUUAAAGGAAGCCUGAUGCCCCUGCAGCAGGACCACUCCCCCUUACAGCUGACCAGGAAACGCUGAGGCUUCUGCUGGGGCCUUCUACCUGAACUAUACCACCCUACCCUACAGCUGACCAGGAAACGCUGAGGCUUCUGCUGGGGCCUUCUACCUGAAUUAUACCACCCUACCCUACAGCUGACCAGGAAACACUGAGGCUUCUGCUGGGGCCUUCUACCUGAACUAUACCACCCUACCCUACAGCUGACCAGGACACACUGAGGCUUCUGCUGGGGCCUUCUACCUGAAUUAUACCACCCUACCCUACAGCUGACCAGGACACACUGAGGCUUCUGCUGGGGCCUUCUACCUGAACUAUACCACCCUACCCUACAGCUGACCAGGAAACACUGAGGCUUCUGCUGGGGCCUUCUACCUGAACUAUACCACUCUACCCUACAGCUGACCAGGACACACUGAGGCUUCUGCUGGGGCCUUCUACCUGAACUAUACCACCCUACCCUACAGCUGACCAGGACACACUGAGGCUUCUCAGGCUUCUUUUGAAAUUAGACAAACUAUUUCCACCACCAGUAUCCUCUCCCCAUGUCCCGGCUACCCCUUCUGCAAUGCUCUCUGAACUACCACCCAUGUACAGAAAACACAAGACAGACAGGCAGACAGACAGGCAGACAGACAGGCAGA